AUGCGUCUUCUCGUUUUUGUGACUUUAUUUGGAGUCCUUCUCGACGCAGGAGAUGCCCUUCAGAUCCAGUGCUACCAGUGCGAGGAGAUGAAGCACAAUGACUGCUCCACGCCGGAGUACAUCGUCAACUGCACCGUCAACGUACAGGACAUGUGCCAGAAGGAGGUGCUGGUCAAACCUGAUGGAAUACAUUAUCGGAAGUCUUGUGCGUCCUCCGGGGCUUGCCUGAUCGCCUCCUCUGGCUACCAGCAGUUCUGCACCGGGAAGCUCAACUCGGUCUGCAUUUCCUGCUGCAACACCCCGCUCUGCAACGGGCCCAAGAGGAAGCGCCCCGCCCCUUCGGCAGCGACGUCCAACCCUCGGAUGAACCGGCUUCUCCUUUUCUUCCUGACCCUCUUCCCACCCCUGCUGACCCUCCUCCCCCUGACGUUGAUCCUGGAGUCCAGACUUGGUAUCACUGCUGUACCGAAGGAGCAGAUUUGGAUCCUUCGCUGGCUUUGUAACCUCUCAGCGUCACGAAAAACUGUUGAUCUAAUCGAUAUAACACUGAAACCACUGAGAAUGACACGGGAGAACUGCGAGCUGGAAGAGUACUAA